AUAAAAACUGACAAAAACUUUUUCGUUAGGGUCAUUUUUUUGAACGCCAGUAAUAGUGUGUGUUGUUUUUUUUUGGAAAUAACCCUUUCAUCAUUUAAAGAUCCGUAAAAAUGGCACCCCCAGAAAUGGAAUUGGUCAAAGAAGACGUUGUCAUAUCAGGAAUCGGUGGUUACUUUCCCCAGUCGCUGAACAUCGAAGAAUUCCAGAAAAACCUCUUGGAAAACAAAAACUUGGUCGGCACUCGUUGGAGGCAAGGCGAACGAGGAGUCAGCAACAGCGUCGGCACAGUACCGACCGAAUUUUUCGACAACUCCUAUUUCGGCAUCCAUCGUCAGCAAUGUACUUUCAUGGACCCCAUGCAAAGGCUCGUGCUGGAAAGGACUUUCGAGGCUUUGAUCGAUGCUGGAGUGAGUCCGACCGAAGUUAAAGGCAAACGAAUUGGAGUUUUUAUGGGUUCCUCGAUUGGUGAAAACGAUAACUUGUUUUUGGAGUCUAUCGUGUCUGGAUUCGGUGUUACUGGACAUUCCAGAGCUAUGAUGCCUAACAGAGUUUCUUAUUGGUUGAAUUUGAAAGGUCCCAGUGUAGCUUACGACGCAAAUUGGGUAGGAGGCAUGGAAGUAAUCCGUUUGGCUUACGAAGCAAUUAAAACAGGACAGUGUGAAUCCGUAAUAGUAGGAACAGCAAACUUAGCCCUGAACGCUGAAUUUCAAUGGUUAUACACCGAUAUGGGUUUACUAUCGCCUGAUGGCAGUACCAAAGCUUUCGAUAUCGACGCCAAGGGUUACACAAGAUCAGACGGCGUUGUUGUCCUCUACCUCCAAAAAGCUUCCGAAGCUAAAAGAUCGUACGCCAGUAUUGUUAACAUAGCAACAAUGUUCGAUGGUGACCGAGAAGGAAACAUCCAAAAUCUACCAGUUUCCAGCAUGGCCGAAUUCAUGACCAAGUUCUACGAAAAGUCCCCGGUGAAACCUGAAGACAUCGCAUUCCUAGAAACCUACGGGUGCGGUCACAAACUAACAGACGAAAGAGAACUGAACGCCAUCGAAAAAGCCUAUUGCAAAAAUAGAAAAACACCUUUGCUAAUUGGAUCGGUGAAAACUAACACCGGACACAGCGAAGCUUCAGCUGUUAUGUUUUCCGUAGCUAAAGUGUUGAUAGCUAUGGAACAAGGCGUUAUUCCAGCUACGAUUCAAUACGAAAAACCUAAUCCUAAUGCUAAAGGACUUAUCGAUGGUAGCUUACAAGUAGUUACAAAAAAUACACCGUGGAAACCCACAUAUGCGGCCAUAAACGCUAUCGGUCUUGACUCGUACUACGGCCAUUUAGUACUUAAAGCCAACCAAAAAACCAAGCAAACCCAACACGAUGACUUACCUAAAUUGGUUGUUGCCUCAACCAGAACCGAGGAAGGAAUUAAGGACAUCUUAGAAAAAGUAAAAGCUAAAGUUGAGGAUUCCGAAUUCAUACAGCUUACUCAGGAUUUAUUUGCUAAACCAAUCCUAGGACAUUUGUAUCGUGGUUAUACUUUGGUUGGAGCCGAAACACCCAAACAAGAAACAGAGUACCAUCAAGGAACAAAACGUCCAAUCUGGUUCGUGUUCGCCGGAAUGGGCUCUCAAUGGAACGGAAUGGUGGGCGAUUUAAUGAAACUUCCUGUAUUCGCUUCUGCAAUCCAAAAAUGCCACGACAUAUUGGCACCUAAGGGUGUAGACUUAAUGCACAUCAUAUCCACAAAGGACAAAACAAUUUUCGAUAAUAUUUUACAUUCAUUCGUUGGUAUUGCUGCCAUACAGAUUGGUCUUACCGAUGUCCUCAAAGCAGUUGGCAUAGUCCCAGACGGUAUCAUAGGUCACUCAGUAGGAGAACUAGGAUGUGCUUACGCAGACGGUUGCGUAACUGCCGAACAAAUGAUCUUAUCCGCAUAUUCUCGAGGCAGGGCUUCUCUGGAAGCCACCCUUGAACCUGGAAUGAUGGCCGCUAUCGGUGUAGGUUACAACGCCAUCAAAAACAAACUUCCUCCGACAAUUGAAGUGGCUUGCCACAACGGUCCAGACAGUGCCACCCUUUCCGGACCCAGCGCCGAUAUGGAAACUUUCGUAGCCGAGCUCCAGGCUCAAGGAAUUUUCGCUAAGCUGGUCAAUGUAGCUAAUAUUGCUUAUCAUAGUAGGUACAUCAGGCCAGCUGCUCCGUUUUUGCUUAAGUAUCUCAAAGAAGUCAUUCCGGAGCCUGUUAAAAGGUCUGCUAAAUGGAUUUCUACGUCUAACUUGGAAGAGAACUGGAACACCGAUGUGGCUCAGCAUUCUUCGGCUGAAUACCAUACUAAUAAUUUGUUGAGUUCGGUGUACUUUGAAGAAGGUAUCAAGCACAUUCCUAAAGACGCUAUUUGCAUUGAAAUAGCUCCACAUGGGUUGCUACAGGCUAUUUUGAAGAGAUCUUUGAAGGCUGGGUGUAUUAAUAUUCCACUUACUCAGAGAGGCUGCAGCAGUGGAAUCGAAUUCCUUUUGACCGCUUUGGGAAGAAUGUACUUAGCUGGCAUGGAUAUUUCAAUUGCCCACAUCUACCCCCGUCUUGAGUACCCUGUCGGUAGAGGUACUCCAUCUACAGCGCCUCUAGCUCACUGGAACCACAGUGAAUCAUGGAGAACUGGCUUGGAAGACAAACUUCACUCUCUCUUCAGUAUUAUUGAUAUGCAAGUGACGCUCAAUAGUGAAGAGUUUAGAGAGUGCGUCGGACAUCAGCUAGAUGAUAACAUUAUUUUGCCUAGCAGCUUUUAUUUGAACAUUGCUUAUCAAUUGAUUUCAAACAUAAGCAGCGGCCACAAGGAAAUCCUAUUUGAAAACUUGCACUUUAGGAAAUCCAUUACUAUUCCUAAAAUUGGUUCGGUUCCUUUGCAUGCCAUGGUGCAAAAAGGUUCAGGAGAAUUCGAAAUCACUUCAAACAAAGAAAUAAUCAUGACAGGAAAAAUGACCUUCCCCCAAGCCAACGAACCAUUUAUGGUAGAACCAAGCAAAAUUGAAAUAGGCGAAGAUAACAUUCAAUUAACUGGAAGUGACGUUUACAGUGAACUACAACACAGAGGCCACAAAUACUCUGGAUUAUUCAAAACGAUCAAAAGCUUAGUUAUAACUGAAGAAGGCUCUUCUGCUAGCAUUCAAUGGAACAACAAAUGGACUAUGUUUUUGGAAGCCAUGAUUCAGCAACAGCUUUUACACGCCGGCGAGCGCGAUCAGGAAAUCCACGUGCCGAAAACCAUUCAAAAACUUUGCGUCGACCAAAAAUUAUUGCCAAGUGAAAAGACCGACUUGAAAGUUGAUUACGAUUUUGCUACGAAAAUUAUUUCGACUGAAGGAUUACAAAUUAUUGGAAUGCAAACGAUACCGUUGGAAACUGAAAAGAAAAAAGUCUAUAUCGAUUCUAUUGAGUAUGUGCCUUUGAACAACACUGAAUAUACGAAAAUCGAAACCGGAAUUUGCGUAGCACUGCAGCUUAUGCUGGCAAACUUUGCCGACCAAUAUAUCACGAAUGUUAUGAUUACGGAAAUUACCAGCAAAGAACCACUACUGAAAUAUAUCAAUUUGGCACUGGCUCAAUAUACAAGAUUAAAUCCCAACAUUGUGACAGCCAAAGAUGCUAAACAAGUAGUAGUCCAAACUGCCUAUCCUCUUCUAAUCAUCCACAACGGUUCAAUUAAUGACGAAAUAGCCAAAGUAGUAUCUUCGUCACAUGCCUUCUCUUUAGUAAAAACUGACAAAAAUAUUCUAUCUUAUCCGAGCAUUAUUACAGUGGCCAGUUUCACUUACCAAGGCCAAGAAUAUUCAAUUUUGAGAAAGGCCAAUACUAGUGACGUUAUUGCGGUUAAUGUUAAAGGAGACGUCCUCAGCAUUAAAGACCUAAAACGUUCCUCAGUUUCAUGGGUAUCCGAGUUACUUUCCGCAAUAGAAAAUGCCUCGUUAUCCCACAAAAGAGUGUACUUGACUUCAUCAGUAGUACCGCUUGAAGGCUUCGCCAACUUUGUGCAAGAGCUCAAAUCACAACCAAACAUGGACAAUUUAAGAAUCUUGAUCAAUCUAGACAAAAAAGUCGAUGUUGAUUUCAAGAACCUCUACAAACAAGAUUUAGUGCUGUCAAUUUUGAAAGACGGAGUCGUGAAUGGGUAUCUACCAAUCCCAGUUAAGUUCAAGGAAAAUGUCCUCCUCAAUGCCAGUUCUGGCAGCUUAGCUAAAAACAAAACCAUCAGCUAUAUCGGUUUGAAUCUAAGAGACGAAACAAUUAAUCCUGCAACUGAAAAAACCCAGGAACUAGGCCCUAUUGACUAUUCUGGCACUGUUAGCACCGGCCAGAAAAUCAUGGGUCUAGCUUCAUUGAACAAAGACACUUGCAGAUUGGAAAUAGACCCAAUAUUAAAUUGGGAAUUUCCUGACAGCUGGAGCUUGGAAGACGCAGCUACAAUUCCUUACGCUUUUGCAGCCGCUUACCAUUCCCUGUACAUUAAAGGUGAACUAAAACCAGGCGAUACUGUUCUAAUACACGCUGGAUGUUCUCCUAUUGGUAUGGCAGCUAUUUCUAUAGCGCUUUCUAAUGGGUGCAAUAUUUUCACUACAGUGUCUACUGAUAAGCAAAGGGCUUAUAUUAAGAAGAAGUUUAGAAUGUUCAAUGAUGGGCAAAUUUUGAGUUCUGAUAAUGCUAGUUUUGAGCCAAUGGUGAUGAUGGGUACUGGUGGUAAGGGUGCCAAUGUAAUCUUGAAUUGUCUUUCGGGAAGUCUUCUUCAGUCUUCUUUGGCUUGUAUUGCUGAUUUUGGUAGAUUCUUGCAAAUUGGUAAAUACGAUUUAGAAGAAAACAAUAGCGUCGGUAUGUAUUGUUUCCUUAGAAAUGUUUCCUUCUACGCAGUUGAUUUGAACAUCAUCAAUCAGUCAGAUGAAGUGAAAAUGGAAAUCAAGCAACUUGUUCAAGAUGGUAUCGGUAAACGUACCGUGACUCCAUUGUGGAGGGUUGUUUAUAAUCACCAAGAUGUUGGAGAGAUUUUGAACAACAUUAAGAAAGCAAGCAACAUUGGUAAAGCAGUCUUGAAUGUUGAUAAUAAUAUUUCUUUGAACAAGUUGAACGUUAGAAGGCCUAAUCAGUUUAUUUGCGAUCCUAAGAGCUCGUAUUUGAUUUAUGGUGGUAGCUCCGAAAACUGGACCGACGUAACCGAAUGGCUCGUCCUAAGAGGUGCCAAAAAAGUCGUAGUCUCCGUAGACACGAAAUCUCAACAAAACCACAUCAACAGGCGUUUGGCGCUGCUUCAAUCCUACUACAGCUGCGAUAUAAUUUUCGCUCCGAACAAGGCCCACACAAAAGAAGGAGCCGCCGAACUACUCUCAGAAGUUUAUUGCUUGGGCCCCAUCCACGCCGUUUUCUUAUUACCGCAAGUGAAAACCAGUAAAAUCAGCGAUAUCAAACCAGUUCAAUAUAUCGAUAACGCCUUGAGAACUACCGCUCCUAAAGCUCUGUUUGUUAACUUUAUUAAUUCAGCCGCUGGUAUUUGUCAAGUUAGAGCUGACGCUGGUUAUACUACUUAUAAUAUUCAAUGGUUGAAGGAGUUGGAGUUUGGAGAUGUCUUGUCCGGGUUGGACAACGUUUUGUCGCUUAAAGUGAAGAAUGUGUUGAUUAAUAACGAUAAAGUUAGCGACACUAAACAAGAGAGUACACAGGCUUUAUUCAAAAAACUCUCUCAAAUGUUGCCGAGCUCACCAGAAGAACUGAGCGAACAAAUCAAAGAAGCACCCAAAGAACCCGAACUAGUGCAAUUGGUAACUGAAGGACCCAGAGAAAUACGCGAACUGAUUCCGUUGUUCAUCAUUCCUGGCUUGAACACCGAAAAUGAAAUUGAAGAACUAGCCAGACAUCUUUUGUUGCCCACUUUCUGUGCAGUCUUGCCCAACAAGCCGAUGGGAUUGAAGGAAUUGGCUCAGAAGUUUGUUGCGCAAAUCAGACCUAUUUGGUCUCAAGGCCCCUACAAUAUCGUUGGAGUUUCGUGGGGAGGCGUCCUGGCUACGGAAAUUGGAAAAAUCCUUAACAAAGAAUUCAACUCGAAAAUUUAUUUGUACUUCAUCGAUGGCGCCCCAUCCACUCUACAAUCGGCCAUCAAACAUUUAGGUCAAGACGCCGAAAUGGAAACUAACUUGCUGGCGAGGAUCUUCAAUAAUAAUGACGCACAGGUCUUGAAAAAACUUCAAGCAGCCUCUGAUUGGGAUGCCAGAGUAAAUUACAUAUUGACUUCGUAUAGCGGAACGCCGGAGGAUAAAAGGGCUCUCGAGAGCGGUUUAUUAGUACUCCGAAAUAGGCUUCAGGAUAUUACUGCAUAUCAGCCUGACGGGAACCUGGUUACGGGUGUUAGCCAUUUGAUAAGACCCAGCGAUUGUAGUCAGUAUGAUAAUUGCGAACUGACUUUGUAUUUGAAGCAGACGCCACAAAUUCACUUGGUAUCUGGAGACCAUGUUACUAUAAUCAAAAACAAAGAUACUGCAGAGUAUAUUAAUGAAACAUUCCAACUGAUUUAAUUUACUAAAAACAAAAAAUUCAAAUAUA